GCUAAGCAUGAACAAGCGGUAGCUCUGUUGACAGGCUUGGAAAGAUUCGUUCGACUGGUAGUCGAACGCGAAAUACCACUUUCCCAAGCGAACGCGACCAUAGUAGUGACACCAUCGGAAAAGUCGCCACGCGUGAUCGGUGCACCUAAACCGUACACUGGAUUGUAUAAUGCCAAUAGUUACAUAGCAAAUAGACCAGGGUACACUGGAUACCGGCGUUCUAUCGAUGCAGAUAGAGCUCUGUCACCAAGUCCGACAGCAAAGACACCGCCGCCAAUGAAAAUUGAAACCACCGAGGUGCCGAAAAUGAACGGUGUAACAGAAUCGGGGAAUAUUAAGCACGCUUCUUCGAUAUCGCCAAGUCCAACAAAUAGUCAACCUCAUCCACAACCUGCCCCAAGGCAUAGCAUUUCACAACCAACGAUUACACCCACAACUGCGAGCACGACGCCCACGUCCACCACAGAGCCUAGACCAACUUCGCCCCAGGAGGACAUACAGGUACCGAAGCCAAUCACCAACGAAGAAUUUCAGGCUAUGAUUCCCGCUCAUUUCCUUCGCCCUCCUACCUCCUCGCCAUCGCCAGACUCCCAUCAGGGCCCCAUCGUGACAGUGACAAUAAAACAGCCUGAUAAUCUACCCGGAGAUGUUAAUUUUCCUCCGGCUCCCACCACACUUGGUAAAGUUACUGAGACCAUCACAAAGAGCACUCUCACCGAGACCGUCGUGACUAGAGUGACCGACAACCAGUUGGUACAACCGGUGAUCAUUGAGGUAUGUGCUUGGUAGUUAGAUGCAUGAAUCAUAUCGUAUUAUGCAGCUCAGAGAAUCUUUUUUUUUGGGAUUAAGACGAUUCUGUUUAUGAAUAGGGAAAAGUCAUUAUGGAGAAAUUCCAUGAAGCUUCCUUUAUGAUUCUCGAAGAUGAUUAGAAUUACAGUGUCUAACUACACUAACACGUGAAAUCUGUUAACUUAUUUCCAUGCUUGGAUGAUAAACACGAUACCGGUAAAUGUUGUUUAACUGAAUUUUUCUUAUCGAGUUUUUUUAACCGUGAAACUUAAUGUCGAUAACAGGAGUGUUUUCGAAAGAAUAUCUCAUUAGAAUUG